CUCCUCGAUUCAGGAGCCUACUCUUGUUUUAUCCACCACCGGUUUGUUCAAGAACACGGACUCACCCUACGACACCUCUCUCGUGAAGUGCGAGUUUUCAAUGCAGACGCCACCGAGAAUAAGAAGGGGUUGAUCACACACUACGUCCGUUGUUUACUCCGUAUCGGAGAUCACCUCGCCUAG